UCAUGGCAAUAUAUUCUGGAGGGAGAGACACACAACUUGUGAGUCUGUUGUCUUCUGAUUAUGGUCGAAGAAGUAUAUACUCACAAGACUGGUGGAACAUAAGAAGCUUGAAAAGAAAUUGGACCAAACUUUGUGCUAAUUGGAAUCAAAUAAGUGGCAUUUGUCACCUCUUCCUCCAGAAAUGAACUGACAUUUUUUUAUUUAACCUUUAUUUAAAAACCUUUAUUUAAAAAGGAAAAGACUGUUGAGUUUAGAAACACCAUUUUGCGAGGGGGACCUGGCAUCAAGAGCCUAUUGAUGAAAUUUAAGAUAACCAUGCCAGAAAUACGCAAUGGGACUACAUAUUCACAACCAAGUAUUUUUCUGUGCACUCUUAUAUGUUGCUGGAUCCUUGUAAACCCAUUCAGGGGCUAUUCAUUGAAAAAAUGCACAGUCUGUGAAUCUCUCAAUGAUACCAACAUGAAAGUAAUCUGUGGAAAGAAGAACCUCCAAACCAUACCAGAAGACAUUCCAAGAAAAGUAAGAUCUUUAGACCUUUCCAUCAACAACAUUGUGAUGAUCAAAACAUUUGAUUUCAAAGAUCUCUCAGCCCUCAAAUCUUUAAACACUUCCUGCAACCGGAUCUCUCAUGUGGACGAUGGGGCUUUUUCAGACCUGGUCAUUCUUCAGGAGCUGAAUCUAGCCAAUAACAGACUCAACACCCUCUCAGACCACCUGUUUCAGGGCCUAGGCAAGCUCUCUGUGCUUCGACUAGACUACAACCACAUCAAAAUCAUUUCAUCCUCUACCUUUCAGAAUCUCUCCAGCUUAAAUGUAUUAAACUUUUUUUUUGCCUGCCAUAUUGCUACACUGACAACACUCAGUCUGCGUUAUAACAACAUGACUUAUGACUCUGAGAGACUGCUUAAGUCCUGCACAUACUUGACUAAGUUGGAUAUAUCCCAUAAUGCUCUUACUCAUCUGUCUCAUCAGUCAUUCAGCUCAAUGAAGCAACUGACUACUCUAGAUCUAAGUAACAAUAUGCUUUCUUCUGUGCCAAAUGCCACUCAUAUAAUACCCAAUCUCUGACAAUCUUGGGUCUCAGAUACAAUACCAUCAGUAAACUAGGCUCAUUCGAUUUUGCCAAUCUGACAGGACUAACAUACCUCUCCAUCUUUUCCACAAUCAAAACUGACAUUAAAGGCAAUGUUUUUCAAGAUUUGCAGGACUUAAAACUCCUAGAUCUGUGAAGAAACAGUAUCCCAUCUUUACGUUAUGUUUUUAAGAAUGGUUUACAAAAACUAGAAAACUUGCAAUUGGGAGGCAAUAUGCUAAGAUCUAUCCAUAAAGGAGACUUUGAAAGCUUACAAUCCCUCAAAACUUUGAUUUUAUUUGACAACUGAAUUGACACUUUGGAAGACGGGGCCUUUCAGGGUUUGGUCAAUCUUAAAAUACUUCAUUUGGCAUCGAAUAGAUUGAGUAAAAUAAACAUUAGGGCCACUAUGUUCAGAGGAUGUUCAGCCUUAGAAAAACUUGAUUUGAGUUGGAAUCGUAUUAAAUAUCUACAUUAUGGUGAACUUAAAUCCCCAGCCUUUUCUCUUCUGCCGUCUCGAAAGGUCCUGAUCAUCUCCAGUCAGCAUCCUUUUGGAACGUUGAAUAUACCAGCCAACUUUCUUAAAGAUCUGAAAUAUUUAUUGGCAUUCAGCGCAAGGAGUCUUAACAUUAAGUCCUUUCACCCAAACACAUUCAUCUACACACCACAGUUGUGGUCCCUUGACAUCUGCCUGAAUGAGUUCACAGCCCUGAGCACAGAGUUGUUUCACCCGAUC